UGUCUCGAGGAGGUUUCGUUUGUCUCCCCUCAGCCUCCUCCUCUCUCUCAUAUCUUCCUAAAACCCUAAAGCUAAAUCCCUAAACCUAAAUUGUAUCCCUUUUUUUCAUCUCCUUCUUCUCUUUCUAAAACCCUAAACUUGCUUUCAUCAAGGAAAAAGAUGGGGAUUUUCGAACCCUUUAGAGCUAUUGGGUAUAUAACGAGCAAAGUUCCGUUCUCCAUACAGCGAUUGGGGACGGAGACCUUCGUGACUGUUAGCGUCGGCAAAGCUUUUCAGAUAUACAAUUGUGCCAAGCUGAAUUUAGUCAUCAUCGGUCCUCAGCUCCCCAAGAAAAUAAGAGCUCUGGCUUCUUUCCGUGAUUACACGUUUGCUGCGUUUGGAAAUGAGAUCGCCGUCUUCAAGCGUGCUCAUCAGGUAGCAACUUGGAGCAGACAUGUUGCAAAGGUUGACUUGUUACUGUUGUUUGGAGAACACAUCCUUAGUCUCGACGUAGAAGGAAAUAUGUUUAUAUGGGCAUUCAAAGGAAUUGAAGAAAAUCUAGCUCCAAUUGGGCAUGUCAAGCUUGGUGCAAACUUUACCCCUAGUUGUAUUGUUCAUCCAGAUACCUAUUUAAACAAGGUUCUUAUAGGGAGCGAAGAGGGUUCUCUGCAACUGUGGAACAUAAAUACUAAGAAAAUUGUGUAUGAGUUUAAGGGAUGGAAUUCAGCUGUCUGUAGUUGUGUUUCAUCCCCUGCCCUAGAUGUCGUUGCCAUUGGUUGUGCGGACGGAAAGAUUCAUGUUCAUAAUAUCAAAAUGGAUGAAGAGGUUGUCACAUUUGAGCACUCCUCAAGAGGUGCUGUCACUGCUUUGUCUUUCAGUACAGAUGGGCAGCCCCUCCUAGCAUCAGGGGGUUCAUUUGGUGUCAUAAGUAUAUGGAAUCUGAAGAAAAGGAGGCUUCAGUCUGUCAUUAGGGAUGCUCAUGACAGUUCAAUAAUUUCAUUGCACUUUUUUGCAAAUGAACCUGUCCUAAUGAGUGCAUCAGCGGAUAACUCAGUUAAGAUGUGGAUUUUUGACACCAAUGAUGGUGAUCCUCGUCUUUUACGCUUUCGCAGUGGGCAUAGUGCCCCUCCGCUUUGUAUCAGAUUUUACUCCAACGGGCGACACAUUUUGUCUGCUGGCCAGGAUCGUGCCUUCCGCCUAUUCUCCAUCGUCCAGGAGCAACAAAGCAGAGAGCUUUCUCAAAGACACAUAUCCAAACGAGCCAAAAAACUCCGAUUAAAGGAGGAAGAGCUGAAAUUGAAGCCUGUUAUUGCAUUCGAUUGUGCUGAAAUUAGGGAGCGUGAUUGGUGUAAUGUGGUUACAUGCCACAUGGAUUCAGCAGCAGCGUAUGUCUGGAGACUUCAGAACUUUGUUCUUGGAGAGCAUAUCCUCAAACCAUGCCCUGAAAAUCCAACACCGGUCAAGGCUUGUGCAAUUAGUGCCUGUGGCAAUUUCGCUAUUCUCGGGACAGCAGGUGGCUGGAUUGAGCGGUUCAACCUUCAAUCCGGAAUCAGCCGAGGUAGUUACAUAGACACCUCUAGACAAAGAAAAUGCUCCCAUGACGGAGAAGUUGUUGGAGUUGCUUGCGACUCUACAAACACAAUAAUGAUUAGUGCAGGAUAUCAUGGGGACAUAAAGGUUUGGGAUUUCAAAAGGCGGGAGCUAAGGUCCCGUUGGGAUAUUGGUUGCUCGUUGGUUAAAAUUGUCUACCACCGUGUAAAUGGGCUUUUGGCUGCUGUAACAGAUGAUUUUGUUAUCCGUUUGUAUGAUGUUGUGGCGCUAAAGAUGGUUCGUGAAUUUAGAGGCCAUACGGACCGUAUAACUGAUCUGUGCUUUAGUGAGGAUGGAAAAUGGCUCAUGUCAUCUAGCAUGGAUGGUAGCCUUAGAAUAUGGGAUGUCGUAUUAGCCAAACAGAUAGAUGGAAUUCAUGUCGAUGUGCCAAUAACAGCAUUGUCCUUAUCACCAAAUAUGGACAUUUUGGCAACAACCCAUGCUGAUCAGAACGGCGUCUACUUGUGGGUUAAUCGAUCAAUGUUCUCCGGGGCUCCAAAUGUUGAUUCGUAUGCCAGUGGGAAAGAUGUUGUAAAGGUUAAAUUGCCAUCUGUCUCUGCAUUGGGAUCCUCAGAAGCUGAUGAUACUAAGAAAAAUGUCUCAGAACACUCGGAGGAGAAACAAGCUAUCAGUUUCCCGAUUGCCCAUCAGCAGAUCCCAGAACUUGUUACUCUAUCUCUAUUGCCAAAAAGCCAGUGGCAGAGUUUGAUCAAUUUGGAUAUAAUAAAGGCCCGCAACAAACCGCUAGAGCCUCCAAAGAAACCUGAAAAAACUCCUUUCUUCUUGCCCUCUAUUCCUUCAGUUUCCGGAGAAAUUGUAUUUAAGACAGAUGAAUCAGCUGAUGGUGAGAAGCAAGAAAAGAAUAAUGAGGGUAUAAAAAAGAUUGAUGCAUUGACAUCUCGAUUCUCGGAUCUUCUUCAGUCAUCAUCGGGCACAAAGAGCUUUUCAGCUUUCACUGAAUACAUUAAGGGUUUAUCCCCAUCAGCUCUUGACAUGGAGCUUCGGUUGCUUGAGAUUAUAAAUGAAGAAGCUGAAGAAGAACUCGUUAAAAAACCCGAGUUUAUAUCAAUUGAACAGCUUCUUGAUUACUUCAUCGAGGAGAUUCACAGCAGAAAUGAUUUCGAGUUUAUGCAGGCAGUUGUAAGAUUAUUCUUGAAGAUCCACGGUGAAACCAUAAGGUGCCAUCCGAAAUUACAGGAGAAAGCAAGGAAACUUCUAGAAAUUCAGUGCUCGGUGUGGCAGAAAAUAGACAAGUUGUUCCAGAGCACGAGAUGUGUGGUGACAUUCCUCAGCAAUUCACAAUUUUGAAAAGGCUCAGGAAGAGAAAACGCUGAUAGGGGCGAGAAAUCAGUGCAGCGAUCAGCGAAACGUGCGGUUGAAACGCCCUUGCGUUUUCGCAACUUGCGGCCAAAACGCCUAAAUGUGAUCUUUUCAUUGUAUUUUGUUUUGUUUUGUUUUGUUUUUCUUGCCUCGCGGUGAGAUUUAACAGAGGAACUAAGAAAAAGAGUAUGGUCACCAAAUUGGCAAUUUAGAUAGCCAGAUUUAUAAUCGAAAUUAACAAUUUUUUUUCUA